ACUUCGAGUUACACGAACCCUGGCCGGUGGAUGAUCUGAAGAAUCGCCUGCGGCUAGUGGAGUCGUCCCACGGAAAAUCUCUGAAACCGGAUUGUCAAACUUGUGCAAUGCUUCAGGAGGGGAUUACCGAUGUUAUUGAUCCUUUAAAGUUGGAUUAUAAAGAUGCUCCACUGGUAAACUUUGUAGCAAAUCCCGAAGAAGGGCUGUUGGUCAAUUUUUCGGGUCUGAGGUUGGAAUAUUACUUGCUCCGUGGAGCUCCUCCAAGCCCAUGGAAUGUGAUCAAAUCAGCUUCUCACAUCCCUGCAAACUCACAGUCAGAUGAGAGCUAUCGAAAUAUAAGAAAAUGGAUAAUGGAAUGCACUAUGAAACACCAGAUAUGCCCUUCUAAUGACUCGACCCCACUUCCCAAACGAUUGAUCGAUAUCAGCGAUGGUCAAAAUCCAAAGCUUUAUGAGUCUGCUGGCGAGAGUGGGAGGUACACAGCCCUUUCCCACAGGUGGGGAACGUCACUCAUCAAAACCACUCUCACAACCUACACGCGGCGAACGCGGGAGAUCAAAUGGGAAGAACUUCCCAGAAUUUUUCAGGACGCUAUCACUAUUACUCGCCGGGUUGGUUUGAGAUACGUCUGGAUCGACUCGCUGUGCAUUGUACAAGAUGACAUAAAAGACUGGCAAGAGCAGUCGGCACAAAUGGCUUCCAUAUAUGCGGGUUCAUUUAUCACCAUUGCAGCCACAUCGUCAGAUGACAGCGAUAGCACAUGUCUCUCUUUCACCAACAGAGCAGAGAUACCCGCUCCAUUGAACUCUCACCAAAUAUUUGCAAGGAAACAAAUUAAGCACGAACAUAUGUUUAAUUCGAGGAUGAGCGAUGUUGCAUAUCCGUUGUUCAGUCGCGCUUAGUGCUUCCAAGAGAGACUUCUUGCGACCCGAAUCCUUCACUACACGGAGCAGGAAAUUGUCUUCGAAUGCCGAACUGGCUAUCAAUGCGAAUGUGACGGUAUUUGGAAAGGCAAUGACGAAGCUGUAUCAGGAUGUAUGAAGCUUGCAUACGCACAAAUUCUUCAGGAAAGCCGCAAGUCAGGGA